AUGAGAUCCCUCUAUCAGCUUAUAGCUGCAACAUUUGCAGUAUCUCUGGUUACUGCUGCUCCGGAACGCUGUGCUAAAUCCGAAGUGAGGAAAUUACCAGAAAAACUGAAGUUGGGGGUUGCAACCGCUGCUUUUCAAAUUGAAGGCGCUUGGGAUGCCGCAGACAAAUCUCCAAGCAUUUGGGAUACCUUCUGCCGAGUCCCUGGAAACGUAAAAGACGGCACUGAUGGAAACGACACGUGCAAAUCCUACGAAUACUACCAAAGAGACAUCGAAAUGCUCAAGUUUCUAGGAGUUGACUACUAUAGAUUUUCCAUUUCAUGGCCUAGAGUUCUGCCCACUGGGUUUGCUAAUAAAAUUAGUGAAGAAGGUAUUGCAUAUUACAGUAAAUUGGUUGAUGAAUUAUUGGCUAAUGGAAUCGAGCCAGUAGCCACUCUUUACCACUGGGACUUACCUCAAAGCCUGCAAGAUUUAGGCGGUUGGACCAAUCCUCUAAUUGCAGACUGGUUUGAAGACUACGCCCGAGUAUUGUUCGAUGCGUUAGGCGAUCGAGUAAAGAGCUGGAUAACGAUUAAUGAACCAAAACAAUUUGCAAUCUUUGGUUAUGGAAUGGAUUAUUUCGCUCCAAAAGUAAAUUCAUCUGGAAUAGGUGAUUACAUGGCUACCAAGAACAUUUUGCUGGCCCACGCUAGAGUAUGGCAUUUAUACGAUGAGGAGUACAGAGAUACUCAGAAGGGCAUUUGCGGUAUAACAAUAGCAGCCGACUUCUGCGAAGGCGCCUCUGAUUCCCCAGCCGACAUAGAAGCAGGGAAAUUAGCGAUGGAUUUCGAAGUUGGUCUUUACGGUCAUCCAAUAUUCUCUUCCACUGGUGGAUUCCCAGAAAGGGUGGUGAAACGCGUCGCAGAAAAAAGCGCGGAACAAGGUUUUCCUAGAAGCAGGUUGCCUGAACUAACGCAGAAGGAAAUUGAGUACAUCAAAGGCACGAGUGACUUCUUCGGUUUCAAUCACUACUCCACAUCGUUUUAUACUAAAAGAACUUACAAGUCUGGAAUGUAUGCCGUGCCUUCUUAUAGCGAUGAUAUCGGAGCUGUGGGUGACCAAGGACCUUAUGAAAAACCGGCAAGCUAUUUUACGACGCCAAUCCCCGCGGGCAUCCGAAAAUCUCUAAACUGGAUAAAAGACAGCUACGACAGCCCUGAAAUAAUGAUUUUCGAAAACGGCUUUGGAAGUUACGGAUCAUUAGGGCUCGAAGAUUCUGCCAGAAUUGAUUACUAUGGACAAUACCUGGAUGCUGUACUGGAUGCAAUUGAAGUGGAUGGCUGUAAAAUCACCAGAUACACUGCUUGGAGUCUCAUGGAUAACUUUGAAUGGAGUUUUGGAUUGAGUGUAAAGUUCGGUCUUUUCGAAGUGGACUUUGAAGAUGAGAAGAGGACACGCAGACCCAAACAAUCAGCUCUAUGGUACAGGAGUCUCAUAGCCAGCAGGACCUUGAAUCCAGACGACAACCCUCAAUUGGAAGACAUUGCGUUUUAAUUGAUGAUUAUAGGCGUUGUGGUUGUAGAAUUAAAGGCACCUUCGUAGUUAUGUGGAUUUAUUGUAUCUUCACAGUGUUUACAAAAGUUAUACUUUGCACUUUAAUAAUGUAACUACAAUCCUACAGUGAGAGUUAAGAAGGACACGUGGUAUCGCAACUUAAUCUCCCUAGACACACUCUUAAACACUGCUAGGCUAUCGAAUACGAGUGGACUGCGGGGCUAUCGCACUCGGAUCCGUCUAGUUAGCGAAUGAUCUGGCAGGCCUCCGCUGACCUUUAUAUAGUCGCCGCGGCCGUUGUUGGCGUUGCUGUCGAAGACUCGGUGACACGUUCUUUGUAUGUGUGCGUGAGCUGGCGGUGAUGCGUCAUUAUAUUGAGUUGUUUACUUGGUAUGUUAUAUGAUUCAAAUAAAGACUUAAAAGCUUA